GUAGGAGAGCAGUGGAGGCAAGAGAGCUGAUGAGAGUGGUCUGAAGCAGAAGGACAACAGUAAAGCAGGGCCUGGAGAGCUGGGAAGGGAGGGGGGAAGGCAGCACUGACUGUGUGUGAUGAACUUAGCUCUGCUAGCCAGAGCUGCCCCCCAGCUGACCCUUCAGAACAGUCUGUGACCCCCAGAGGCAGCUCCUGGAGUGGAGCUGGAAGGAGGAGGUGAGGGGGGUCUCCACAGGACUGUCUCCAGCACAAGUAGGGCAGCGUGUGACUGGGGACGCUGAUCCUGAGCCCUCCAGGUGUCUGGCUGUGGCUGCAGCACAGUCUGUCCUUGCAGAGCUCAUGGUCUGCUACUCCAGACAGACUCAAAGGCAGCUCUUGACUGCUAACUCCCCUUUGGGGGGCAAUUUCAGCUCUUGAUCUCGUUCUUCCUCACCCUUGUUGACAGAGGGAAGAGACAUCAACCCUCUGCUACCUCUUCUAAGAGGGAUGGAGGUGGCAGGAGGCUGCUCCCCACUGCCUGCUGCUUUCAACCAGUAUACAGAGAUAGGAGAUGGACAAGGGCAGCCCUUACAACACUGCAAGCUGUUCUUAGCAGUUGGAGUUGCCUUUAUUUCUAGAAGCACCUCAGUGACCAAGGAACACCCUUGUGUAAAACAGAGCUCUGCAUUUAUUUGUCAGUUGUUUGGGUUUUAUUAUUAUUGUAGUUCAGGACAAAAGGUGGAAAAGGGACCACAUAACAGAUGGUUGAGGUGAUGUCUGACGUUUGGAACGGCAGAGACUUGCGUGAAAAUGCCAGUGCAGGGAAUUAGGAUUGAUGCACAGGGUCUGCCUUGGGGAGAGGACCAAGGGAGUUCUUUGGCACUGUAUCCACUUCUGCUUCUCCAUCAAGUCUGAUAUGUGAGAUGGGUGUGUUCCAUGUGGCUCUGAAACUCCUCUAAUAAAGAACUAUGUUUCCUCCCCGAUCUUCAAGCUGUUGGGUGUUCCUUGCUUUUGGGAGGUGCUUUAAAUCUGACUGCCAGAGCUGUGGGCUGCUAAGAGCAGAAGCUGUCUGCACGAUGCUGAGCUCAGGUCUUUCUCCUCUUUUCCUGUUGCUCACAGCACUGGAGCUGAGCUGGUCCCUGACUGAUGAAGAAAAGAGGAUCAUCUUGGAUGAGCACAAUAAAUACCGCUCGCAGGUCUCUCCUCCUGCUGUGGAUAUGCUGAAGAUGAGCUGGGACACGGAGCUGGAGGCCUUUGCCCAGGCCUAUGCAGAGAAGUGCAUCUGGGACCACAACAAGGAGAGGGGCCGACGGGGGGAAAACCUCUUUGCUAUGGCCCCGAUGCUGGAUCUGGAAUUCGCUGUGGAGGACUGGAAUGCGGAGGAGAAAUUCUACAACCUGACGACUUCCACGUGUGUCUCUGGGCAGAUGUGUGGCCACUACACCCAGGUGGUCUGGGCAAGCACGCACCGCAUUGGCUGUGGGUCAAAGUUUUGUGAGAAGAUUGAAGGAAUUGAAACAGAGGACAUGUACCUGCUUGUCUGCAACUAUUAUCCCCCGGGUAACAUGAAAGGCCGGAAGCCAUACAGGGAAGGACCCUCUUGUUCACAGUGUCCCGAGGACAGAGUCUGUGUCAACUCCUUGUGUGCAGAUGCCUCGAAUGCUGAAGAGCUGGAGACAAACUCAGACCAUGAAGGCAAGCAGCAGCCCACAGCUGGAGCUCCCAGCACCCACAAGGGCCUUUUGCUCUUCCUCCUGCCCUGUGUCAUCCUGGUGGGCCUUCUGCUUUGAACAGACUUUCUCAGCUGUCCCUGCACCCGUCGCCAAGGCUUUCUUCAGCAUGGUUGUCCCACCACCCUGGUAGGCUUGGGAGACACCACGGGCAGUUCAGGUUGACACACUCUCUUCUUCCUCUGGCUCACCCGCUCCAGCCCUGCUGUGCCAAGGGCUACUGGCCAUCACAUGGGCACUCAGUGCCCUUCCUGAGACAGCCCAGGGGCAGAAGGGUGUCUGCCAUCAUGCUAGUGAACUUGGGUACCAAUACUUCUCCCUUCUUCCCAGCCAGCCUGGGCUUCUGCUCUGUUUCCAAUAGGAGACGAUAAGCUCUCGUUGCCCUGUGUGGCCGGCAGGUCCUGCUGCACCACGUCCCAGGGAAACCAGAAUGCCCUGGAAACCCAAAUGGCAAUGGGACAUGGAGGUUGGCUUUGGUAUUUGUUUGGAGGCAAGACACGAUCGUUGCGUCUGAUGUCUGUGUAUCAGGAUGGAUUUCUACCAGAAAUGCUCUCUUUCUCUCCUCGUGUGUCUGUUUGUCUCAAUUUUGGAGAAGUGUCACCUCUUCCUUCCUUGUCCAAAAAUGGCAUUUUUGUCCACAGAAGAGGUUUGUGUUUCCUACUUCUGGGUAGAGCUAUGGCCAGUGUCUAGACGUGCUCCUUCUCCUGCCAUCCCUUUGCAGUCUUUACCCCCUUCCUCACUUCUGCUCCAACAGUUACUCCGUUGUCAUGCCCUUAUUGUACGCGUGUGCCUGCACGUGUGUGCCUGCACAGAAGAAAAACCUCCAGCACAGGAGAGGAGUUACUGCUCCUUUCUUCUGCACGGCUUCCCUCUUUGCAGAUCUUAAGUGUACGACGUAUUUGCAGUUAGAUCCAGAUCCUGGUUGAUGUAUAUAUGUGGGUCCAGGAGGAAAAAUAAUCAGGUCUGCUGGUGCAGUUUCAGCUUGAGAGAGCCAAGUGAAUGACGUUAGAGGGUACCGGUGCUUCCAGGACUUGUUGCAGGAUGGCUUUCAUUCUCUGGAGCACUGUGUGUUGUAUUCCUCCAUGUUUCUGCUCUGUUCACCUGAAGAUUCCCAGCGGGGGGUGUUAAAUGUGGGGCAAGUUUUGCAGCCCAGCAGAAGGGACGAGGAGAUCCAGUUCUUCUCUGGUUGCUGCAUUCUUUGGUUUAUUACAUAGAUGAGGUGGAGAUAAGUCCAAUGUCUGAGUCCUCCUCCUGAUGCUGUGUGCUGUGCAUCUCCAGAGCAUGCACUGAAUAAAUCCUGUUCUGAAA